AUGGGGUCCAAAGACAAAUCCGGCUUCAAGGUCGUCAUUGCCGGCGGCAGCAUCACCGGCCUAACGUUGGCCAACAUGCUUCAAUUGCACGGCAUUGAUUUUGUGGUGCUUGAGGCAUGGCACGAAAUGACACCUCAGGUGGGAGCCAGUAUUUGUAUGCUACCUCACGGCAAUAGGAUCCUAGAUCAACUUGGUCUGUAUGAGAAAGUCCUAGAAUUAUGUCCACCACUAGACUCAAUGCACUUCCGUGAUCAUACUGGCAACAUCAUUCACGAAUUCAAAGGCAUGAAAGGGUCUAUGCAUGAAAGACACGGGUAUCCAAUCACAUUCCUCGACAGACAAAUGGUACUCAAGGUCCUGUAUGAGAACGUCAAGGACAAGUCAAAGAUUCUCAGCAGCAAGCGUGUUAACGAGGUAGAGAUGACAGACCGCGGAGUCAUUGUCAAAGCUCUUGAUGGCUCCACGUAUGAAGGUGAUAUCCUGAUUGGUGGUGACGGCAUUCACAGCACCGUUCGCAGCGAGAUGUGGCGAAUUGCCAAUUCGGAGCGUCCCGGAUGGAUCCCUAGCGACGAGAAACAGAGUGUUCCUUGUGACUUCGGGUGCGUCUUCGGCAUCUCCAAUCCUUGUCCAGGUGUUGAAUCAGGGGCAUUCAACUCAAUCUUCCGGAAGCACCAGUCAUACAUAGUUAUAGGUGGUCCAAAGGGCCGAGUCUAUUGGUUUUUCUUUUUUAAGCUGCCCACACGACUACAUGGGGACGACAUCCCCAAGUACUCCGAGCAAGACCAUGAUCAGGUGCUUAAGGAGGCAGAGAACAACAACAUAACAUCAAGCUUGAAAUUCAAAGACCUCCUCAACAAGAAGAUAUCCUCUGUCCUUGUUCCCUUGCAGGAAUAUGUAUUCCGCCAGUGGCAUUACAAGCGCAUCAUCACUAUCGGUGACUCCGCGCAUAAGAUGCACCCUAUUACUGGCCAUGGAGGCAAUGCCUGCAUCGAGUCAGCCGCCACCUUGGUCAACGGUCUUGUUGAGCUACUCGGCCGAGAUAGCAGAGACAACUCAAAGCCAUCUCUGGAUGAUAUCGACGCCCUCUUCGCAAAAACUCAGCAAGCCCGUCAAGCCAGGGCUACGCUUCUCAAACGCCACUCUCAUGAACAACAAAGACUCGAACUCCUCGACACCCCAUUACAUCAAUUGAUUGCUCACUAUGUGUUGCCAAUGAUGGAUAAGGAAGAUGUCACUUUUAAUUUCUCCCGCAACCUCCCGUUAGCAGAGAGGCUAGAUUUCCCCAAGCCCAAGCACCAAGCAAAGCUUGUUCCUUACAAGGACGAGCUUAUAAGUACACCCACUCCACGAGGCGUCAAGAAGUGGCUGUGGGUUAGCUUCUAUCUUGCUGUUGCUGCUCUGGUACACUACGGCAUGUGGAUUUGGUCGGCGCAUUAUGAGCUCGGUCCACAUCUUAUAUCUAUCAUCGAGUCAGGGAGCUUCGACGGACAUCCUCAGUUUGAACUACAGCGCAGAUUUACAGGCAUUGGCCCCAUUGAUGAAUACCUACAAUUCCUCACGGCAAUCUUCAUUCCAGGCAUCAAUAAGUGGGAUCUGAAUUACGGAACCCUAUCAAGGCUUGUUAUGUUCCUCACGGUCACUCAAUGUGCUGGCAUCGGCACCUGGAUGCCGAUAUACUACGCCUCCUAUACGCUUGUGUCUGAGCCUGAGACCUAUUGGUGGCCUCUCAAUCGAGUGGUGCCCAUUGAGUAUGCGGUAUCUGUGGUCUGGGCUCAACUUGGAUAUAUUGUGCCUACCAUUCUCAUGUUUUACCCCUGGAACAAUCCAACUUUGCAGCAAAGCUUCGAAGCCUUGUGGCAACCAUCCCCUUUCGUUGCUCCGCUCCUCUGCGCCGUCCUUGGAUACUUGUGUUCCAAAAUGGACAGCUCCAAGGUUGUGCCGCGCAAGUUAAACGACGCUUUCAAAGAUCUCCUUUAUUUGAAGUUCCUAUACGGUUCUAUGGCUUCCAUUGGAGUAUUUCAACAUGUCUAUUUCCUCGUCAAGAUCCGGUUCUCUACGGAGAUGACUCUGUCCUCAGUCUUCUGGCCCGACUUCUCACCGGAGCCCAAAGAACUAGGGGAGGGGUUACGUCAGCUCUUUCUCGCAGACUUCUGGGGUUUUCAAAUUGGCACAUACGGCUGGCUAUGCAUGGCUAUCUGGGAUAUCAAGAGAGUCGGAAGAACCAAUGUUCAUAUUGGCAAGGCUAUUGCGUUGAUUACUCUGGGAAGCCUCGCGAUCGGUCCCGGCGCUACACUGUGCCUUGUUUGGUACUGGAGAGAGUGUGCCAUGGCUAAAACCACAUUUGUCCUGGAUCGUAUCCCAUCUGGCCAUGGAAAAUAG